ACCAGCGCCUACAAUGAUCGAGACUUAGAACUACAAUAGUUCGUGAAUCCCUUCAUAGAGUUCCGAAAACGUAUAUAUAAAACGAAAAUAAAUGAGCAAAUUAAAGCAACUCGAUGAAAGAAUUUUUUACCAAAUUAUUAAAAUUCCGAUAUGAAUUAAUGUAAACUUAUCAUUAUCUUUCUUUCUCAUUUACUCCUGCAUAUUACACUGCAUGAAAGAAAGUCAAAUCGCAAUUGAAAUCAAGUGUUCCGAGAAGAGAAAAAGUAAGAGUUUUCAUAUACGUUGUUUGCAAACGAACGAAAUUGCACAAAUGGUGCACUCGCUGCAGAAUACAUAUGCUAGAUUGUUAAAAUCUUGCGGCAAGGUCUCCUAAAAGGAGUGCCUUUAGUAAGAAAUUAUUCUUCUGGUAGUCAGCUGUAAAAAAAAAAUAUCAAAGAAUGACGGAGAAUCGGGGGAAUUUUUCAACUCCGACUAAUCAAGAAAAAAGAAGACAAUUCAAACUUAAUUUUCAAACACAAGGAAGUAAUAUACCACUUAAUAAUUCAACAAAUUCUUCUCUUUCUAAUUCAACUGGAACUGCAACUUGUUUACCAAUGGAUAAAUUAAGAAUGUGUCAGUCAAUGCAAAGUACUGGAAAAUUACAGCUAUCACCAAAUACUGUAUAUGAUUUUACAAGCGAAGAUCUUCAAGAUCUAGGAGAAAUAGGACGAGGAGGAUUUGGUACUGUAAAUAAAAUGAUCCAUAGGAUAAGUGAUACUGUUAUGGCUGUGAAGAGAAUUCGUUCUACAGUGGAUGAAAGGGAGCAAAAGCAACUAUUAAUGGAUUUAGAAGUUGUAAUGAAGUCUAAUGAAUGUCCAUGCAUUGUGCAAUUUUAUGGAGCUUUAUUCAAAGAAGGUGACUGUUGGAUUUGCAUGGAACUCAUGGACACUUCAUUAGAUAUAUUUUAUAAGUUUAUUCAUGAGGUAUUAAAGGAGAGAAUACCAGAACGUAUUUUAGGAAAAAUUACUGUUGCCACAGUAAAGGCGUUGAAUUACCUCAAAGAAAAACUAAGAAUAAUUCAUAGAGAUGUAAAACCUAGUAAUAUUCUAUUAGAUCGACAUGGUAAUAUAAAACUCUGCGAUUUUGGUAUAUCAGGGCAAUUGGUAGAUUCGAUUGCACGAACUCGAGAUGCCGGAUGUAGACCAUAUAUGGCUCCAGAAAGGAUAGAUCCUCAACGUGCAAAGGGUUAUGAUGUUAGAAGCGAUGUAUGGUCAUUAGGUAUUACAUUAAUGGAAAUUGCGACUGGUUAUUUUCCAUAUCCGAAAUGGAAUUCAGUUUUUGAACAACUUUAUCAAGUAGUCCAGGGUGAUCCACCACGCUUAUCUCCUAAUGAAAAUGGAAAUCAUUUUACUAUGGAUUUUGUGAAUUUUCGGCCGAAAUACAACAAAUUAUUAGAACAUCCAUUUAUUAGAAAAGCAGAAGAAGACACUGUUGAUGUUUCAGCUUACAUAAGUGGUGUUCUUGAUAAUAUGGUUCUCAGGGGAUUGACGCCUUUUACCACUAAUCGGCAUUAA